ACUACGGUAGCCGGAAAGGUCCAAUCCCCACCCCGACUCCUCCUCUUCCCACGGCUCCUGCUCUCCACCCCGGCAGCGGUGCCCGGAUGUUCCCGUCUCCCUGUACUGCUGAUAGAGAAGCUGACGGAUCCAUAAUGGCUGCUCCGUCCUGAGAGCAUAGAGAGGCCUCAAAGUGACAGCAGCUGCACCCCGGAGGGAGCUGUUUGGUUGGAGGACGAAUCCUUAACGUGGACGGUGGGUGGGAGGAGUAGGAGUAACUCAUCCAAUUGUGGACCUCUUGUGAUGGCCCACCUUAAACGGAGAAGAGACCAGGCCUGGCCAGAGGAGAAGAAUGACCGAGUGCAUGGAUUAUACAGUUUGCACCGGAUGUUUGACAUUGUUGGGACGCACUUAACGCACAGAGAUGUGCGUGUCCUUUCGUUUUUGUUUGUAGACGUUAUAGACGAUUAUGAAAGGGGAAUGAUUCGUAGUGGAAGGGACUUUUUGCUGGCUCUGGAGAGGCAAGGGCGGUGUGACGAGACAAAUUUUCGACAGGUUCAUCAGCUCUUACGAAUAAUUACUCGUCACGAUUUGCUACCAUAUGUCACUUUGAAGAGGAGGCGAGCGGUGUGUCCGGACCUCGUAGACAAAUACCUCGAGGAGACGUCCAUUCACUACGUCACGCCACGGACAGUCAGCAGUCCAGAGUGUAGCACCCAGCACCCUCAAACAUCAGCUCCUCCUCAACACCCUGUGGUAUGUUCCUCUACCCCUGGACAUCCUGUAUGCACUAAAAGGCCAGGCAGAGGAAGACCACCAUUAAGCAGCCAGAGGAAGAGAAGAAAGUCCAUUACACCAGAUCCAAAGGAAAAACAGACAUGUGAUAUCCGCCUACGGGUCCGAGCAGAAUAUUGUCAACAUGAGACUGCACUUCAAGGAAACGUGUUCUCCAACAAGCAGGACCCUUUAGAAAGACAAUUUGAACGGUUCAACCAGGCCAACACCAUCUUAAAAUCCAGGGACCUUGGCUCUAUUAUCUGCGACAUCAAAUUCUCUGAGCUUACAUACUUAGAUGCAUUCUGGCGCGACUAUAUAAAUGGCUCAUUGUUGGAAGCCCUCAAAGGUGUCUUUAUAACAGACUCUUUAAAGCAAGCUGUAGGACACGAAGCUAUCAAAUUGUUGGUCAACGUGGACGAGGAAGACUACGAGGUUGGCCGCCAGAAAUUACUUAGGAAUUUGAUGGUGCAAACUUCACUGUGACGCUAACUAACACUUUAGGUUGUGUUUACUAAGCACAGCUAAGCUGUACAUCCCUCAAAGACUUAAAUGCUGCUUAGUGAACAUGGCUCUUGGAGUCCCCUUAUCCUUAUUAUUUUUGAGUACUUUUUUUUUUUUAUAUAUAUAAUUAAAAGGUAAAAAAAAACAAUCUAAGUAAUACAAAUGUAUAAAUAUAUAUAAUGUAAGCACUUUGUUGCUUUCAAGCCCGUGAAAAUGAGGAGUAGACCGGUCAUCCAAGCUGUUAAUACGCUGUGCACCUUUAACAUUAACACAAAUAUAUAUAUAAAAUGUAUAUGUAUGUGUAAUGUAUAUGCAAGGUGGAGAGAUUUCUGUAGGCUUUUUCGAGAGAGGUUUCGUUAACACAUUGACAUAAUUUUUUUUUAUGUUUAGAAUAUUUUUUUAUUUUUUUGUACUUUGUCAUAACAGAUUAUCGAACAUCCCCUCAUAACUGUCACACUGUUAUCCCUCUAAGCCAGAUUUAAAUGUCUUUUAGGUUUUUCUUUUCUUUUCUUGCAGUCAACCAAAUACUGCAAUUCUUUCUACAGAUUUGGGAAAAUAAUCAUGUUAAUUUAUUGUAAAGCAUAUUUUUUUUUAUUAUUUUUUAAGGAAAGAAACCCCUAUUCCCUCCUCCCCACCCCCACCAAAAAAGGUAAAAAAAUUGAAUAAAACUGUCCUGUAAGACUCAUGGGUAGAGGUUGUGUACUCGUGGCCAACUGUGCUCUACUCUGACCAGCCUAGAACAUUUUAAAGAAUUUAUCAUGUUUUCCAGUGUGAUACGUAGAAAUGUGCCUCUGCCUUAAUUUCAUAUAACCUGUGUCACCUCAUAUUUAUCUGUGCUGUGAUUAGUAACAUUUGUUACUUCACCUCUGGUCCGUCAGAAUGUCCAGUUUUAUAAGACAAUAAUCCUUUUUCUGAUUGGUUCAAUGUAUUUAACCUAAUCCUGGCCACAUGCAUAGAACAAUUUUACCUCAGAGAACUUUACUGAAGAACGUAAUGACAAUUGAUAUAGAACUAACAAAAAAAAAAUAAUCAAUUUUUGUUUUUAAAAGAAAAUGUUGACAUUUUCAUUCUCUGCAAUGUGACCUGUAAAGUUGUGAUUACUUCAAAUGUUCUGAAUUCUGUUUGGCAGAUGAAAUCCAAAAUGGCCACGUGUCCAUAUACUUCUCCCGAAUUCUCCUACAACUAUGGGCACUUAAAAUGUUCACACCUUGUCGCUAUAUAGACCUGAUGCUGCGUGGUGUCUCUUGGAACUGCAUAAUAAUAAAAGUCAGGAUGUGUUGGUCCACGUGGAGAAAACUUAAAAAGAACUGAUUGUAUGUUAUAUUCAGGAUAUGUGCAGAAAAUAAAUAAUGGACCGUAA